UUUACAAGGCAUGGACAUCAUAAGAUCCUCCCACAAUAAAACGGAUUAUAUAAAAGUUAUUUAAAAAAUGUCGAAGUCUAAACUGUAUAAUGUGAUCUGAUUGGAUCGGAAACUGAAGUGACGUGUCACAUGAUCGAAACAGGAAAAGAGAGAAGUAAUGGCUGCAGUGUUCGGUGGUGUUGAAGGUGGUGGGACCCACUCCAAGGCGGUGUUGGUCUCUGAGAAUGGGAAAAUCCUUGCAGAGACAGACGGCCCCUCAACCAACCACUGGUUGGUGGGUGUUGACAAGUGUAUCGAGGCCAUCAACGACAUGGUCCAGAAAGCCAAAAUAGAAGCGGGGCUCGACCCAGACACACCUCUCCACUCUCUGGGAAUGUCUCUAAGCGGAGGGGAACAGAAGGAUGCUAUUGAUAAGAUCAUCCAGGAGAUGAAGAAGAGGUUUCCUAAACUCAGCAUCAAUUAUUACAUCACCACCGAUGCCAUCGGCGCCAUGGCAACAGCCAGCGACCGGGGAGGUAUAGUGUUGAUCAGUGGGACUGGUUCUAACUGUAAGCUGGUGAACCCAGAUGGAAGCCAGGUCGGCUGUGGAGGCUGGGGUCAUAUGAUGGGGGACGAGGGAUCAGCGUUCUGGAUCUCCCACCUGGCAGUGAAGACGGUGUUUGAUGCCAAAGACAACCUGGCCAAGCCCCCUUAUGAUGUCGCUCACGUCAAGAAGGUCAUUGAGGAUUACUUCCAGCCUCUGUUGACAGGUGAACAGUGUCUACCCAUCUUGUGUGUUGGAUCAGUGUGGAAGAGCUGGGACCUGCUGAAGCCAGGUUUCACAAAGGUCCUGGCGGAGUUGGAGUCCACGCCUGCCUUCAAGGGUCGUUUCUACGGUUACAACCUGCUGACCCUGAGGCAGUCAUCAGGGUCGGCGCUAGGCGGCGCGGUUCUCGGCGCGAAGAGCGCGGGCGCCACGGUAACGCUCAACUACGCCGACAACACACAAGUCUUCUACGAACACUUCUUUCAAAGCAGUCAAUGAGAAAUCGCCUCUGAACUAAUUCAAACGAAGCCUCACAAGCUUGACCAAUCAGGACGCAGCUAUAAGUAGGGCAACGUUUGGGAUUGAACCAAUAAUUAAGUGCUUGGGAUUUAUUUGACCAAUAAUAUGGCCUUGAUUUGAUUAGCUCUGAUUUCUUGUACUUCUAAUAACGCUCCACAAGAGGGUGGUCUUUAGCUAUCAAGCACACCGCAUCUGUCCAUCAUUGUACUGUGAAUCUAAUAUAUCAGCAGGAAAGAUUUGUAUGUUUAAUCAUAUUAAGAGAAUAUAGUCUCUGAGGUAUCUGUUUUCCCAAUAACUGUAAUGCAAUUAUGAAAUAUACACAACAUUUUGUAAUCUGUUUUGUAGUAAACAUUUGUGAAAGCA